AGAAGUGGGAAAACAGAAAAAAGUCUUGGAAACGGUUUUAAAAAAAUGAGAAAAUGGGUUAAAAUUGGUGGGGGAAAGUGGUGAAAAUGGGUGGCAAAUAAGGCAUCUGGUGAUCCCCUUAAAGUGUCUCAUUGAGAACCACUGCCUUAUACAACCCAAUUUCAAAAAUACAAAAACCUCCUUUUUAAUCAGAAGUAUGUUCUCUUGCUCAGUGACAGCUGGGAUAGGCUCCAGCCCCUGGACGAGCUCGUACAGCAGAGGUCAUCAAUGACAUUUGUAACAGGGCCAGCUUUUUCCUGAACAGGCACUUUGGGGGCCAAACUUUCAAAAAAACUAAAGAAAUCUUUAAAUGGUCUAAUUAAGAUAUUUUUGUAUAUAUUUAUUGUUUUCUUUCAAAUACAUGCAAUUUUUAGGCUCCAACUGUAAGAUCAGUCCCUAUAUCGCAGCCAGCCACAAGGGGGCAACUGAGAUAUUUUAGCUAAAUAUUUCUGUGGCUGUCAUGUUGUCUAUGCUGCUCAGUGAUAAGCAAGAAAAUUACACUCCAAAAACACCUUAAGCCAAAAUUUUCCAUAGAAAGCUGCAGUUUUUUUAAAAAUCAAGAAUGAACUGAUAAAUAAAUGUUUAACAUGCAUUAUAUUUGCUAAUAUUGACUUACAGGUGGAUUUCUUCAAAAUGGAUUAAACAUAAAGUAAUUCUAGAUUAAAUAGUUUCAAUCUCAGAUGUUUUUGGAGUUGUUUUAAUAGCUGUAGGGAGCUCAUAAAAAAAAAAAAAACAUUAAAAAUAAACAUAAAAAACCAUUCCCAAAUACUGCAUAAUUUUUUCCUAUAGAACUUUCCGUCUGCACGUAUUUUGAAUUUGAUCUUGUUCUGGGGCCUGAUGUGGCCCCCAGGCCACUAGUUGAUGAUCACUGCCGUACAGGAUAAGCAGUGUAGGAAAUGGAUGGAUGAAGUUGUGGACCGCAGAUCCUAAAAACUAAUUAUAGCAAGUAAAACACCAAAUGCAAAUAUGUUAAAAUCUUUCACCAAAUACUUGAUUAUUUUGAGGCAAAGUCAGAAAUUCACAGUGAAGAAGAAUCUUGUUUUUCAGGUGUUCUGCAGGUUGUUCAGGCAGUUUCAGUCAUAAGUUUGUGUUUAGCCUCCAGACAGUCAUUUUAACUCUCAGUCUGAGUCUUCAGGCAGUCUGCUGCUCCAACAGCCAGCCAGGUAUUACUCCUGUGGUGAAGUUUUUACUUUUUCUUUCACUUUUACUUUAAUUUUUCAUCUCCACUCUGGAUAACAUCAUGCAUGCAUGGUGUGUAUCUGCCCUGCAGACUGCUUAUGUCAUUAACUGUUCUUGUUUUUACAAGCAGUCAAAGCCUGCUCAAAAUAAAGAAAUUAUUUAACUCAUAACUUACUCAUUAUCCAAGAAAACCAACAUUGUAAUCCUGAAAUAACAACAUACAAAGGUCUAAAUCUUGAGAAAAAGAUAAAUUUGUUCAUGUUAUCAAGGAAAAUUUAGAAAAAUAAAAUGCAUGGCCAUGUGUCCUCACAGGGCUUCCAUACAAAGGUGAGGAAGGAAUUGUGGAUAUACGGUAAUUUUAUUGUACUGGAUUCUUUUGUGAGUUUUUGAUAUCUUUCCUGUCUUUUACAUUAUGUAGCUUCAAGUUCCUCUCAUUGAGCAAGUAUAUAUCCAUGACUGAACUUUAAAGAAGCUUUCUAUGAUCUGCAGAACAUUUGGCCAACAGACAGACAGAUGAAAAUCCUAACAGUUCAGUGAAGAGGGUGAGGUAGAGCGCAGGUAUUUGCUGGCAUUGACUCAGCCAAACAUCUCUCCCUUUGCUGUGAGUUUGCUGUGUUAAGAACAGAGAACAUGUGCAGGUGUCAGGUAACUCCAGACACCACCCAGCCAACAGGACAGGACAGGCUGAAUUACACAAGAAACAACCACACCUGGUGAACGGGUUUCACUCUAUUAUCUUGAAUUACUUCACACUAUUACACUAAAUCAGUAAAGCACCUUCCACUUAUAACAAAGUAUAAAUAGAAACAACAUGUGUGUGUGUAAUAUGUUAAAUGAACAUGGCUCUCAAACACAACACACCUUCACUUUUGUUCCUGGGUGAUUCAGCCGGAGUUUUCAAGGGGAAUUAACAUGAUAGAAGAGCACACAGAUCACAUGGUGUGGGUUUCUAAAGAAGCUGUAUGUGUUAUUUCUAUUGAUUUUAUAAAAAUCAUAUGAUUAUAUGCUAAAUUUGAAACACUGGAGAAACCUCUGGGUCAGCCUCAGUGCCAUCAUAUAGGAGGUAGAAAGAAAGGAUUUUAUGAUGGUUCAAUGAUGCUAGAGAUAAUUUCAAGUAUUAAUUUCUCACUUCUCAUUUUUUAAAACCGUAUGGUUAUGAUGUGAUACAAGAGGUUUAUAGAUAUUAUGUGCUACUCUGUUAAAAUGUUGAUUGUUGUCCAUAUAUAUUUUUUUAUAAAUUAAAUAGUGCAAGACCAAUUUUCAAAUUAAUGUUAAUAAAGUGCAACUUAUCUUAUUGUAUUGAAUAUUAUUAUUGCAAAUUGUAUGGUAGUUACAUACAUGGGGCGAGCGCCUUAACCACUCGGUCACCUGCGCCCCAAUAUUGUAUCUUAUCUUAAUGUGUUGAAUCAUAUCAUAUCAUAUCAUAUCAUAUUUUAUUGUACAUCGUAUCGUACAUUGUAUCAUAAAUCAAAUCAUAUCUUAUCAAAUCAUAUUGCAUUGUAUAUCAUAUUGUAUAUUGUAACAGAUCUUUUUGUAUCAUAUCAUAUCAAUUUGUGUCGUAUCAUAUUGCAUAGUAUCGUUUCUUAUCAUAUCGUAUCUUAUCAUACCGUAUUGUAUCGUAUCAUAUCAUAUCGUAUUGUGUCAUAUCGUAUUGUGUUGUACUGUAUAUUGUAUUAUAUUGUAUGGUAUUGUAUCAGAUCCUAUAAAGUAUUGUAAUGUAUUGUAUACCAUCGUCUCAUAUUGAAUCAUAUCAUAUCGUAUUUUACAGUGUAGUAUCCUAGUUAUUGUAACAGAACAUAUCUUGUCAUAUAUCGUAUUAUACUGGAUCCUAACAGAUCAUAUCAUGUCAUUGUGUAUCGUAUCAUGUCAUUGGAUCUAAUCGUACCAUCUCAUAUCGUAUCAUGUCAUAUCAUACUGUAUCAUUUUGUAUCAUAUUGAAUAAUUUUAUGUCAUUUCAUAUUGUGUCAUAUUAUAAUUUAUCAUAAGCCUUGUACCGUAUCAUGUCGUAUCAUAUCAAAUCAUGCCAUAUCAUAUUGUAUUGUAUCAUAUCUUAUCGUAUCCUAUAGUGUCUUGUCAUAUCAUAUCAUAUUGUUACUUAUGGUAUGGUAUUCAUAUAUCACAUCGUAACAAAUUGUAUCUUGUAUCAUAUUGUUUUGUAACAUAUCGUAUAAUUUUCUGUCAGAUCUUAUCGUGUUCUAUUGAAUCCUAUUGCAUUAUUGAGAGUUGUUUUAUUGUUGUAUCCAGUCUUACCCUCUGGUAUUAUACUGUCUUGUAUUGUAUCAUACUAUUUUGAUUUGUGACUUAUCUUAUCUCUUAUUCUGCUGUUUCAUCUUUUCUGUAUUGUCUUUUUAAUGCUUUAAUGUUAUUAAUAUUCUGUGUUACAUAAAGCACUGUGAACUGCUAUGUGUAUGAAUGGUACAAUAUCUACAUUAACCUACUUUCUUAAUGUAAAGUAUCAAAUCAUACAUUGUACAGUAAUAUAGUGCAGCACAUUUUUCAUGUUACCCACAUGUAUUGUAUUGUAUCACUGUUUUCUCUAUAAUGCUAUAUUUAUAAUACUGCAUGGGCCUAGUAUCCCAUCAGUACCAUAUAUUAAAAAUAAUAAAAAAUAUAAAAACCGUGAGGCGUCAUUGAGUUUCAAAGGGCACUAUAAAUUGUAACAUGAAUAGUAUUGUAUUAUUUUGACCACAUGCUUAUUACUAACUCUCCUCAUAUCCUCUUUUUUGGAACAUAUCAUGAGAAAAAGUUUGCAGGCUUCUUGAUGGCCACAGCUGAAACUCACUGAGGUACUGGCUUACUAUCUUAUCUACAGACACCCACUCACGCACACGUAAAGGGUUAAGGAAACACAAAGGCUUCGUGAACUCCACCCAUGACGCGUCACUGUCGACCUUUCACAGGUGUCACAGCCACUUUCCUUCCACUUUCUCAGUCAUGAAAUCUUAAUUCCCACGAAAACACGCUCUCUCCAGCAGUCUGUCAUUUCCUGGAUCCAGCGUGUCCGGGCUGCUGUGGAAACUUUCUACACUGUUGUUGAAGGGAGGGGGGAGCUCCGGGAGACUCCAGCAGCCUCAACCACGGAUCAGUCCGCCUGACAGGCUCCGAGCUCCGGGAUGGCGGCCGUGAAGGCGCUGCAGCAGUGGUGCCGGGUCCAGUGUGAAGGGUACCGGGAUGUGAACAUCACCAACAUGACCACGUCGUUCAGGGACGGUCUGGCUUUCUGCGCCCUCAUCCACAAACACAGACCCGACCUCAUAAACUUCGACUCUCUGAAGAAGGAAAAUGUGUACGACAACAACAAACUGGCCUUCAGCGUCGCAGAGGAGCAGUUGGGAAUUCCUGCACUGUUGGAUGCAGAAGACAUGGUGGCUCUUAGAGUCCCCGACCGCCUCAGUAUCCUGACAUAUGUCUCCCAGUACUACAACUACUUCCACGGACGCUCUCCAAUCGGGGGUAUGGGAGGCAUUAAACGCCCUGCUGAAGCUCCCACUGGGGAAACGCCAGGGAAGAAGAACCAGCCGGUGACGUCUAAAGUGUUUCCCUCUUCAAAGCCGGCCAGAGAGAACAGCCCUCCCCCCUCAUCCAACAUCAGCCGGCCUGCUCCUUCCCCGAAACAAACCAGAAAUACCAAACAGGAUGUUCCUUUUGAGAAACCUCAUCAGACCGGCACCCUGAGCAGCAAAUGUGUCUCCUGUAACAAACAUGUUCAUUUGGUGCAGCGACAUCUAGUGGAUGGGAAGCUCUAUCACAGGCACUGUGCAAAGGCACUGUCACCAGUAAACACGCUGACACCAUUCAGAGAUUUACCCACAAACACCGCUUUAUCCAAAUUCACUCCUCUACCAGACACCACCAAAACCAGCACCACUACCACCCCCUCCAGACCGGGACCAUCAUGGCAGUCGGAGAAACCCAGCGCCACUCCCACUUUCUCCAUCUCUACUCCUGCUCCUUCCAAACAUACUUCAGAUCCGUCUCCUGCUGCCAAAGAGAGUCAGCCACCUGUAAUAGUCUCCAAACUCACACAUGCACGGACUACGAAUGAAUCUCCUCCCACCACAACCACCUCCGUCAGCAUGCAGCCCACUCCAGCUCCUCGUACCUCAGCGAUGGCGGCAAAGACACUCCAGUCCAAACUCAAGUUUUUCCAGUCAGACAGCACGGCUAAUGAGGAGGAGAAAAAGACAGCAGUCUCAAACUUUGACUUUAAAAAGGAUGCAAAUGUGUCGGAUAAAUCUAAGAUAGCUAACGACACAGAAAAGAAGACUACAGCCACAAACUAUGACUUUAAAAAAGAUUUAAAAGUGACGGAGAAAGUCAAGAUAGCAAACGACACAGAAAAGAAGACCUCAACCACAAAUUUUGACUUCAGAAAGGAUCCCAUUGUCACUGAUAAAGUUAAGACUACAAAUGAAAAAGAAAAAAUGACUACAACCACUAACUUUGAUUUUAAAAAGGAUUUGAAAGUCCCUGAUAAAGUUAAGACCACUAAUGAGGCUGAAAAAAAGACUACAACUUCAAACUCUGACUUUAAAAAGGAGUGGAAUCUAACCGAUAAAAUUAAAACUGGUAAGGAGGAAGAGAAAAAAACUACAACCACAAACUCUGACUUCAAAAAGGAUCAGAAUGUCUCUGCUGCAAAUGAAAAACAAAAGACGGGGUUCUCAAACUUUUUCUUUAAAAAGGAUUCGAAUGUGUCUGAUAAAGUUAAGACUGCCAACGAGAAAGAAAAACAGACAACAACCAUAAACAUUGAUGUCAAAAAAGACCCCAGUGUGCCUGAUAAGAGUCAAGGGAUCUCAACAGGUCAGCCUGUGACUGUGGUUGUAAAUAUUGGCAAAAAAGAAGCAAACACAGGAGAGGAAAAUGCUGCAGGUGAAGACUCAGGAAAGGUGAGUGAGAGCAGUAAAUCAAAAGCAUCAGCUGCUGCUUUCAUCUCUAAAAAACUGGCUGAGGAGAACAACAAUAACAACAGUAAACCUGCAUGGACCAAUAUAGCGCUGAAGAAGACUGACAAACCCUCUGAAGUGGAGACGCCAAAGAAGGAGACAGGAGGAGUCAGAGGGAGGGUGAGGCUGAGAGCAGACCGGUCGAUCCUCGAUGACCUGCAGACUCCAGAGACCUCAAAUUUAACUCCAACCCCAGGGGGAAAGAGAGCCAGAACUCCAGACCGGCCUGGCUCAAAACCCAGCAGUGUUUCACCAAACAGAUCAGCAGCGUCAGAGAACGAGUCUCCUGCAGACUGGAGGUCAAAACUCAAACCUGUCUCCAAAGAAACAAAACCGACUGGUCCUCCUCAGUCCUCACCUAAGCCAUGGACUAAUGGAGGAGGAAAGACACAGACCUCAGAGGUUUCAGUCGAGCCUUCACCCUCCUCUCAUCUCUCCACUCCGAGCAUUUCUGUCACUCCUCCAACAUCUAAGGGAUUCCUGGAUGGUCAGAAAGACCAAACUACAAAUGGCACCAAGUCAGAAUCAAAGAUUGUCAAGACUAAGCCUGACUACAUUCAGAAAGAGGACAUUCUGAAGGAGCUGCAGGAGAUCGAGGAUAAUUUGAAUGAGCUGGAGAGGAGGGGAGUGGAGCUGGAAGUGAGGCUUCGCAGCAGUGAAGAAGAGGGUGAAGAUGACUCUCUCAUGGAUGAACUCAUGGUCGAGUGGUUCAACUUGAUCAGGAACAAGCAGGUGGCCAUGCGCCGGGAGUCUGAACUGGUCUACAUUGGUAGAACCCAGGACCUGGAGGAACAGCAGCCCAGUGUGGAGCAGGAGCUCAGGAGACUGAUGGAGAAACCAGAACGUCUGAAAACAGCGUGGGACCGCAAGAGAGAGGAGGAGCUGAUGAACAAACUGAUGGAGAUAGUUAAUGACAGAAACGCUAUCGUAGAGGGUCUGGAUGAGGACAGAAUCAGGGAGGAAGAGGAGGACGAGGAGCUGAACAAGAUGAUGAGGAAUUUCAGUAUAAAGAAAGACAAACCAAAGAAGAAGUCUCCGAUGUCCAAACUGUUCGGCUGGGGGAACAAGAAAGAGGGAUGAUGCUCUGCAAAAACACAGCGCUGCGACUCCUCACUUUGAUGUUUUUUUUUUUUUUUGCUGCUCUUGUUGUAGUCUUAAUGUCAGCGUGCUCAGGCUGUGAUUCAGGGGAUAACACGGAGAGAGCGUGAGGGUGUGCGUCUGUAUCUGUGGCGUUUAAAGCACUUAUAGAAGAAUGCCCUUCCCUCUGUCGCCUGCAUCAAUCAAGAUCUGACGUUCCUCCUGCCUGCUUGUGCUCCACACACGCACAGAGACUCGGAGAACGACGAUGUUGAGGGGUUAAUGACUCACCAGCAGUGAUGUGAUUGGGUUCAGUGCUCCAGUUGUUAGCUUUAAUACCCUUCUAGUCUUAAUCUGCCUACUUAACGCUGUCAAACACACACUCUCUCUCUCACACACACAUUUUCUCCUCACAUACACUCUCCAGAUGUAAUAGGAGUUAAAGAACAGAGGUCAGACGCCUGUUUCCUGCUCUCUGCUCAUGUUUUAGUCCGUAUUACAACUCUCCACUGACUCCGUCUGACCCUGUUGUCUUAGAUUACAUGUUGAACUGAAUUUCUCUUUUCAUGUAAAGCUCUUUCUCUGUGUCGAAUACGAGACACAUAUUUUUUUUAUGGUGCGACAACAAGCUUACUGAGACGGCUGCCCUUUGAUGAGGUGACAUGUAUUUAUAUCGUCUUUUACUUAUAUAACAGCCACUUUUGGAUCAAAGGUUUUUAAUAGGAGGUUAAGGAGUCGUGUGAGGGCUCAAACAGCAGAGAAAUGUAAUUCUGAUCAAUGAAAUUAUUCAGUUUGUUUCUAUUUCUUCUAAUCUGAGGACUCAAAACAAAGCCAUGCCUGCUAAUAUUGCUGCUGGAGCUCAGUUCUAAAUUUUCAGGCUCUUUAACGGGUUGUUGUUGUUAAAUGAUGAAUACCAUUGCUCCUAAAAUGUGCCCAGCCAAGGUUGUCAGCUUUUCAAGUUUUAUUUCUGGGUGUCCAUUCUUAUCUUUGAUGGCUGACACUGGAUAGCAGUAGAAACUGGAUUUGAACCCAGCCUUUCUUAGCACACAGACAUAACCUUGAGGCUACUGGCCCCAAACCUGACAUGCCAGAUCGGCUGUUUCACAUAUCUACUCCAUGGGUGUAUUUUGCAUUUGUCUGGGAAAGCUCCCAUAGAAAGUGCUGAGGAAGUUGUCAAAAAGUUCUCGGAAGGUGAUUGGUGGAACACUCUGUCUGCCUCAUUCGUGAUGGGCCAAUCAGAGCGACAAGACAAAGUGAAGUUGUACGCAUGCGCCUCUCUUGAGCUGACUGCUGCUGUAGACUGUUAAUGGUGGAGCUUCUCUGUGACUAAAACUGAUGCCAACGCUGGUGGAGGGACAUGCAAAAUGUCUUCUGUGCCAAGACAAGCUUUUGGUGUGGCUCUUUCUCUUGUUCUAAAAAAGAAAAUGUGGUCCAGUUCAUAUUAAACUGCCACUUUCCUACUGCUACAUCUGAGCUAAUGGCUACUGCAACAGCAGCCACUGGAUACACCUGCAGACCCCACCCAUAACCAUGGCAAACCCAUUGCAAAACUUCACCCAAAGCUACCGCCUCAUUCUCCUGAAAUGAUACUGAUUGGUCCAAACAGUGUUCGGUUCUGCAUGGACAUUGUGGAUUGGAGCUUUUCUGGCUGCUUGUGAAUCCCUUGUUCCUGGUCAGAAAAUGAUCGGACCAAUCAGAGUCAUUUUAGAAAAAUGAUGCAGUGACUACAGGUGAGGUUUAGUCAUAGUGACUGCAAGCCUGUAAAAAAUGGCAGGAAGCAUGGAUGAAACAAUAACUCUAGUUUUGUGAGAACUGAACAACAUUCCUUUAUUAACCAUCUAAGCCCUAAGCUACUUUUAACCAUUUUGUCUCGCCUGGACUUAUUGUCUUAAAAAGCUUGGUAAACAUAAACCCUGUAAUGCAAAGUCAAGCUCUAAACAUCUUUUAAUUUAGGACAACCUGAGCUUUAAGAAUAUGUGUGCUGCAGCAAUGUCAUUUGAAUUUUCAAAAAGUUGCAGGAUUAUAAAGACAAAAGAAAAAACUAAAUGGAAAUUAAAACUCGAAUACUUUUUUUCCCCAAACUUGUUCUCCGAUCUCUUGAGGACCAAAAAGUUAAAUGAUAAUAAUUCUGUGACAAAAAGCUAUUCAAAAUAUUCACAUUUAUUGAAAAAAGUCAAAUAACUGGUGUCUCUUCUUUUUGUAUACGACAACAUCAGUCUCAGGGGGGUUAACAGAAGAGCCAAUGACCUCACUGAAAGGUUUUCUUAGUAGGAAGAUGGUGUAGCUCUUCUCACAACCAGCUACCAGAGUUUUUGUUCCCUACUGGUACCACUGAUAGUAAACUGCUUUGACAGCUCCCUGUUGACCUUGUGUUAUGCAGUUUGGCCUGCUUCUCAGGGUGGUGCACUCCUACUACGUCAUUAGUUUGUUGCAGAAGGUAUGCACACACGGGCCUCAUUGAUGCAUCUCAGAAGAGAGAUGUUUUGCUGCUCUGACUGGCCUGUAAUGAGUGUGAUAGAUGGAACAUUUGUCCAGUUAAUGGCAUUGAAUCUCCCCUGGUCAAGCCUCAGGAUCCACCUUUACUCUGACAAAUACAUUUUUAAAAAAAUAAUUCAACCAAUCGAAUUUUUCUAAUUAGGAAUAACACAGUUUGGACGUGAGAUAGUGUAAAGCAUCUUGUCAUGUCUUCUUGAUGGUGUCACAGCUCUCCCCAGUCCAUUUUGUCUUUAAAAGAACCCAUACUUUAUAUAGGUUGUGCCACUUUUUGCCAAACUACGAGCACUAAAUUACACUUCUUCUCCUUUUGUUUUUAACAUUGAAUGACAACCAACAUUAUUUACAACCAUGCAACCUAAACUUUUUAUUCCCAAGCAUGCAUGCAGCUCACUGCAGAAGCCUCUGGGACCCACUUUUAGGUCCUGACCCACUACUUUAGAACCAUGGGACUGUGGGGUGUUGCCCAUAUGGAAGUGAAAUUAAUCUCUAAGGAUAUGGGAACAGUCAAUCUGGUGUGCCAGUUUUAGAGCAAACUAUCUAAAUUGCUCCAAUACCUCUGCAGCAUUUCAGUGCUGAAACAUUGCCAAUGUUUUUUUUUUUUUUUUUUUUUUUGCAAUUGGGA